CAGUAAUCGAGUUCGCCCUUCUCUUCUCCUCUACCCGCAGCCCGCAGAGACCCCAAAACCCAGUUAUUGAAGCGACAUGCAGUUCUUCGCCUUCCUCCCAAACCCAGCUUGUUGGUCGAACUCGUUCUCAUCAAUCUCCAGCAGCCACAUUCCUCGUGAAUCUUUUGUUCCCAUCAAUCGCCAGAGCCCGACUUCGCUGCAACUUCUCCUCAAUGCCGUCCCAACUUCCCUCCUUAAUCCAAAACCCUGAUCAGUGUUUUGUUUCUCCCAGUCUGCCGCCAACAAAUCCUUCGUCGCCGCUCGACCCGUCCGCCGCCAAUGAUUCCUUUCUCCGCCGCUGAAUCCGUCUCUGCCAAAGAAUCCUGCUCCGGCAUCUUAGCUCUGAACCCUUUGGGCUCUUACGUCCAUGUUCACCUGGUUUAUCAUGAAUUGCAUGCCAAGCUCAUCACCACCACCUCCAUUUCCUCCUCUGCUCUCUUCAACUCCCUCCUGUGCUGCUACUCCGAUUGUGGCAGAAUCGACCGGACCCUUCUCUUGUUCUCUUCGAAUUCCGGUAGUGCGUCAAGGAAUGUGGUCUCCUGGACUUCAGUUAUCGCUCAGCUUUCUCGUUUGAAGAAGCCCUUGAUGACGUUGGAAGUCUUUAGUGAGAUGAGGAGGAAUGGCAUUUGGCCGAAUGAGUACACGGUCUCGGCUGUGCUGCCAGCUUGUGCAGAAAGCAAGGUUGUCCGACAUGGUGAGCAGGUGCAUUGCUUGGUUUGGAAAUGUGGGUUCGGGUCGGAUUUGUUUGUUGGAAGCGGGUUGGUUGAUGUGUAUGCCAAGUGUGGGGAGAUGGGUUCCGCGAACAAGGUGUUCGACGAAAUGUCGCACAAAAACCUGGUUACCUGGAAUUCGAUGAUUGUUGGUUGUUUGAGGAAUAAAAGGUUCGAUUUUUGUAUUGUGUUGUUUAAGGAAGUCAUGAGGGAUGAGUCUAUGAGUCCUGAUCAAGUGACUGUUUCGAGCGUGUUGAGUGCUUGUGCUCAUGUAGGGUCUGCAGAAUUUGGAAGGUUAGUCCAUGGAAUUAUUAUCAAGUUUGGUCUCAUAAGUUUGGAUUAUGUGAGAAACUCGCUUAUGGAUAUGUACUGCAAGUGUGGUUUGCUUGAUUAUGCUGCUAGUACAUUUGAAAUUUCCUCAGACAAAGAUGUUGUUGGCUGGAAUGUAAUGAUAAGAGGGUGCUCAUUCAGCUAUCACUUUGAAGAAGCUUACAGCUAUUUUAAUGCUAUGAAGAGGGAAGGAGCAUCUCCUGAUGAGUCAUCGUACUCUUCUGUCCUCUACGCAUGUGCUAGUUUGGCAACACUUAAUCCAGGACUUCUUAUCCAUGGUCAUAUCAUAAAAUCUGGGUUUUCAAAAUACCCUUUUGUAGCUAGUUCAUUGAUCACAAUGCACUCAAAAUGUGGAAGCUUUAUCAAUGCAUCACGCACAUUCAGGGAGAUUGAGACUCAAAAUGUUGUUUGUUGGACUGCCAUGAUCGCUGCUUGCCAGCAACAUGGUCACGCAGAAAAAGUCAUCGAACUAUUUGAUGAAAUGGUGGGUGAUGGGAUUAAGCCAGAUGACAUUACUUUCAUUUGUGUUAUAUCAGCUUGUAGCCAUACUGGUCGAGUGGAAGAAGGAUACAAAUACUACAACUCAAUGAUACAUGAGCAUGGUUUGAGCCCUAGGCUUGAACACUAUGCUUCCAUGGUGGACUUGCUUGGGCGAGCAGGCCGACUCAAGGAAGCUCGAAAGUUCAUAUUGGAAAUGCCAAUCGAACCAGAUUCAGCAGUCUGGGGAGCAUUGCUAGGAGCGUGCUCGAAUCAUGGAAAUAUCGAAAUGGGUAAAGAAGCAGCAGCCAGGCUUUCGGAUAUGGAACCAAAUGACCCAGGAAACUAUGUCCUGCUUUCUAACAUGUAUGCUAGGAAUGGUAAGUUAAAGGAGGCAGAUCAAGUUAGAAGAUUGAUGGGUACCAAAGGGGUCAAAAAGGAUCCUGGGUGUAGUUGGGUCGAUGUUAGAAACUCAACCUACGUGUUUACAGCUCAUGAUAGGUCACAUCCUCGGACCGACGAAAUCUACGAGAUGUUGCAGAAAAUUGAGGAGUUGGUGAAGAAGAAAGGGUAUGUAGCUGAAACUCGACAUGCAAUGAAUGAUUCAGAUGCUUAUAAGGAGCAGAGCUUGUGGGUUCAUAGUGAGAGAUUAGCCCUUGCAUUCUCUCUUCUUGUUCUUCCUUGUGGUGCUCCGAUUCAGAUAAAGAAGAACCUGAGAACUUGUGGGGAUUGUCAUACGGUUAUGAAGCUCGCUUCCGAGAUAUUUGAUAGAGAGAUCAUUGUUAGGGAUGUGAACCGGUUUCACAAGUUUGCUAAUGAUAAGAUCAUGAAGGAGAGGAAUUCUGUGCACAUUCCAGUCUCUCUUGCAGUUACUAUGGGGAGCUCUAUUGGCAAUCUGAGAAGCUGAAAAUCUAUAUUACUGGAGCUGGUGGUUUCAUUGCCUCUCACAUAGCGAGGAGUUUCAAGAGUGAAGGACUACAUUAUUGCCACCGACUGGAAGAAGAAUGAGCACAUGACAGAAGGCGUGUUCUGUCAUGAAUUCCAUCUUGUGGAUCUUAGGGUUAUGAAUAAUUGCUUGAAGAUUACCAGAGGUGUUGACCAUGUCUUCAACUUGGGUGCUGAUAUGGCGGGAUGGGAUUCAUUCAGUCCAACCAUUCUGUUAUCGUGUACAACAAUACCAUGAUCAGCUUCAACAUGCUUGAAGCCUCUAGGAUCAAUUGGUAUCAAAAGUUUGGUUACUUGUUCCCUUAGUUUCGUUUGUUCCCUUAUAAUAGGUUGGAAUUCCUUAGGUGGGGUUUUGAAUUCAUAAUUGAUUUUGGAUGAUGAUUUAGGUUUGUAUAGAAUCUUUUAUGCCUCUAGUGCAUUUAUUUAUCCCGAGUUUAAACAUCUGGAGGCAAAUGUGAGCUUGAAGGAAUCUGAUGCCUGGCCUGCAGAGGUUGGUUUACUUUUACACCAAGGACUUUGGCAUUGAAUGCUGUGUUGGAAGGUUUCACAAUAUUCAUGGUCCUUUUGCAACAGUGAAGGGAAAACGCACCAGCUGCCUGCUGCCGAAGGGCGCUUACGCUAGUGAUAAGUUCAAGAUGUGGGGAGAUGCACUCCAAACUCGAUCCUCACCUUCAUUGAUGAAUGUGUGGAAGGUGUGCUCAGGAAAUUAGAUUGAAAGACCUUACCACACUCAAUGCAAGAAAAUAGGGCUAACACACCUAUGCUUCGCGGAUGAUUUGAUGAUAUUCACCGAGGGUCUGCUCAUGCUUUGAGUUGUGUGAAGCAAAUACUACAUCAGUUCUCUGUCUUAUCUGGCUUGCAUUGUAAUCCAAACAAAUGUGAAGUAUUCUUUGGAGGUUCGUCAAUUGAUUUUAAGGAUAAUGUUGUCAGGGUAACUAGUUUCAAGGAGGGAAAACUCCCUGUUCAAUACUUGGGGCUUCCUUUGAUUUCAGGUAGAUUGUCAAGUAGGGAAUGUGACUGGUGGACAAAAUUACAGGUAAAAUUGAACGGCAAGCUAACAAACUAUCCUACGUUGGAAAACUGCAGCUUAUCUCAUCAGUGUUGCUGUCAGUGGUACAAUAUUGGAUGUCUAUCUUUGUAUUACCAAAAGAAGUUAUCACAAGAAUUGAGAAAGUGUGCUCGGAUUUCCUUGAUUUGGUGAUGGUUCUUGUAAGGCCAAAGUAGCAUGGGAGAUUGUGGCUACCCAAUAAAUUAGGGUGGUCUAAAUAUAAAAGACUAUACUUGGAACAUAGGUUUUGUAUCUAGACCUAUUUGGCUACUACUGAUAAGAAGUAAUAGUUUUUGGGUGGCCUGGAUCUAUCAAUAUAGGCUGAAGGGGAAGUCUAUUUGGCUGAUUAAGGAGACUGCAGCAGGAUCUUGGUUGUGGAUAAGAGUACUGAAAUUGAAAGUUGG